AUGUCCAACGACAACACUACUUGCCGCUUCGACCUUACCAACUCAUCCGGUGGUUCAGCUGCUGCUGCUCACAGCCAUGAUCAAACAGCAGGAGGCCAUUCUCAUUCUCAUGAUGCUCAUGAACAUGGCCACACCCACGAACAAUUGGACCAUCCAGGCUUGUAUCAUGAACGCCCCAAGGCUAUUUACAAAGAUCGCGAUUGGUCCGAACGCGCAUUCACUGUUGGUAUUGGCGGACCUGUGGGCUCUGGCAAGACCGCAUUGAUGUUGGCCUUGUGUCAACGACUUCGUGAAAAUUACUCCAUUGCUGCUGUCACCAAUGAUAUCUUUACAAAGGAAGAUACCGAAUUCCUUGUAAGAAACAAGGCAUUACCAGAAGAACGUAUCAAGGCUAUUGAAACCGGUGGCUGUCCUCAUGCGGCUAUUCGUGAGGAUGUAUCGGCCAACAUGAACGCUCUCGAAAUUUUGCAUGGCAAAUUCAACACCCAGCUCUUGUUGAUUGAAUCCGGUGGUGAUAACUUGGCUGCCAACUAUAGCCGUGAACUUGCUGAUUACAUCAUUUAUGUCAUUGAUGUUGCUGGUGGCGACAAGGUGCCUCGUAAGGGAGGUCCCGGUAUUACCCAGAGUGAUCUUUUGAUCAUUAACAAGACCGAUUUGGCAGAGAUUGUCGGUGCUGAUCUCGAUGUCAUGGCACGCGAUGCCAAAAAGAUGAGAGGAAAUGGCCCCACUGUAUUUGCCCAAGUCAAGAAUGGUGUGGGUAUGGAUGAAAUCAUUAGUUUGAUUUUGGGUGAAUGGCGUGCAAGCGGUGCUGCCAAGGAAUCGGAAACCGCUUAA